CAGGUUUUUCCCAUUAUUUGUUGGCAAAAUAAAUUGGUUUCUUGUUAAAUUAACCAUACAUACGAAAUAACGUUUAUUCCUAUACUGUAUUAAUGUUGCUAUUUUUACAAUAUAAUUGUAAUAUAUUAAAUUAUUAUUGUUUUUUCCAAUUAUAAUAGAGAAUGUCGCUGGGCAAAGGAAAAUCGGAGGCGUGUCCAAUGAAUUUCGACUCUAUUCCAGUAGUGCUCUGUAAUGGCAAUCCAUUUAAAGUGAACAUAGAACUUCAAAACAUUCACGGAACAGACUACACAGUUCAAUAUAUCAAACAAGAGAUUCUUGCUGAAAAGAAUAUAACAAAUGAUGAGGCUUACGCCAUGUUUAUAGUAAAACAAUCCUGCAAAACUGAACUUCCAGAUCAAGAGAAAAUGAUUGACUAUCGUAAAGAUGUCGUUGGUUGUGACUACAUAGAACUAGUCUUAAAAAAUGACAACGGAAAUAACGAGAAGAAAACAACAGAUCAAAGAUGAGAUUACUGUUAUAGGUUUUGACAUUCCCUAGAAAACUUACUAUACCUCAAAUUAAGAAAAUAAUUCAUGAAUCUAAGUUUUACAUGUACUACUUUUACUGUUAUAUUCACAGAGUGUUUUUUUUGAAGAGUGUUUACAUAUUUUACAAAAUAUUUCUAAAUCAUGUGCCUUGAGAUAUGUAUUGUUGAGUAUAAUCUUAUUUUGUUGAUCAGGUUAGACCUAGCUGUCUACAACUAUGGGAGCCUUAAACCACAGAAACAUUAUUAAAUGCUGUUUUAAUAUUACAUUCUUAUCUCCACAUUUUAAUGCUGUCAUGGUAUAUAUUAACUUUUUUUUUUUACUGUUCGAUAUUAGUUUAUUUUUAAUGGUCAUUAGACUGUAGUUGGUGGCAUCUUUGUUGACUCUUUUGCAACUUCAAGUCAUGUCUCUAUUAUGCUGCUUAUUAGGAGCCCGGCUAGUCUUUUUUUUUUUCUUGACGCCGUUUAUCUAAUUCAGUGUUUCUCAAACUUUAUCCUGAACGAAACACUUUGCACAUUCUGAAUAUUUAGUGGAACACUGCUUAUUUUUUUUAGAGCGAUUAGUUCACUGCUGGCCCCAUCAUCAUCAUCAUCACUCCUUUGAGUUCCUCAAGGAACAUUGGGCAUCGACAAAAACACGCCACUCUCCACGGUCUCUUGCUAGUUUUUUUUUUAUGGUUUCCCAGCUCUUCCCGGUCCUCUCGGCUUCUUUAAGUACACUGCGUCGCCAUGUUCUUUUUGGUCUUCCUCUGCGUCUUGUUCCCUGGGGGUUCCACUCUAAGGCCUGCCUAGCUCUGUUGCUGGUAUUUUUUCUAAGGGUGUGACCAAUCCAUUUCCACUUCUACUACUACUAGUUAAUUAUUCAAGUAGUUUGUGAAACACCUAUUCAGGCCUGGCGGAACAAUAGUUUUCCGUGGAACACAGUUUGGGAAACACUGAUCUAUCUUAUCAUUUUCGCCUCGCUUUCAUAGAAAUGUUUCUUCUUGGAUGCACUUAAUAUCAUUUGACCUUCUUUGAUUUGACAGUCUGGGCAAAUUAUGAAAUAUUCUAUACACAUUUUUGAGUCUCAAUACCAUUGGAGCUUCUUUGAUUUGACAAGCUGGGCUAAUUAUUAAAUAUUCUAUACACAUUCUUGAGUCUCAAUACCAUUGGGGCUUCUUUGCUGGGAAAAUGAUUAAAUAUUCUAUACACAUGCUUGAGUCUCAAUACCAUUGGGGCUUCUUUGCUGGGAAAAUGAUUAAAUAUUCUAUACACAUGCUUGAGUCUCAAUACCAUUGGGGCUUCUUUGCUGGGAAAAUGAUUAAAUAUUCUAUACACAUGCUUGAGUCUCAAUACCAUUGGAGCUUUUUUUAUUUAACAAGCUGGGCAAAUUAUUAAAUAUAGUAUACAAAAGCUUGAGUCAUUAAUUUUAAGGAUCAAAACAAGAAUUGACUUAUUAGACGAAAUGGAAUACUUAGCUGAAGCAUCGUUUUUCAAUCAUGUAGGAUUUACUCUUCAUAUUCAUUCUGGUAGCUUAAUGUGAAUCAUUCACUCAAUCAUUCAUUCAUUCAUUCAUUCAUUCAUUACUAGUGGAACACAGAAUUUAGAGUUUGUUUCCUAAAUUUGGUUAUCUUCUAUAGAUCCUGUUUACUAAAUAAUAUUUAGUUUCUUUAAAAAAAAAAUUGUUUAAAAUGGUUUGAAAUCCUCAUUUGGUGAAAAUCUCUGUCCCUCGAGCCCAGCUCUAAUGGACUAAUUAAUUCAACCAGCUGGGGGUGAUUAGAGAGGUGGAGGUAUUGCUGGGAAAAGUGGAUAGAUCUAAAAGGUUAUUACGUAGAGGAAUUAGUCUUAAUGCUUUAUUAUUAGGCCAGAAUUAUUGCAGACCCUAGAUGUAUUUCUAGAUAAUAUCUACACAGAUAUUUGAACUUAAAGAAGACUGGGAAAAGAUAGUGUGAGGAUUGAGCUUACAGAAAGUGCAAUAAUUUACAGAUACAUUGACUUCUAGCCUAGACAAAAAAAAAGUUUUAGUGUGCUAGAUAAUGUAUCAUAUUAGUGAAGUUUGUAAAUAUUUUCAUUUGUUAUCUUUUACUGACAAUUCAUUUUUGUUCUACUGUGCAAUUAAACGUUUGAUAAUUGAUUAAAGAAAAUAGCCUAUA